GUAAUGCGAUUACUCGGGAUCAACUAGACAGUACGAGUGCAUACUAUCGUGAUCGUUAAACGGUAAGAAUUGAGCCCUUGCCGGAUGAGAAGGUUAAGUUUGAUGGUCCGCUUUUUGUGCAUGUCACUGUACAGAUAGGAACAGAGGGAGGCCGACAAAAGCGUAAUACUUAGAUAUAGAAAUACAUCGAAAGGCAAACGCGGCGCGGGCGCACUCGUGACAUCAGUCGUUCGCAGUCUAUGCGAGUGGUUACGAUAGUGUGCGGUGGCGUCGCGACGCCGCGCUGGCGCAGUACCGUCAAUCGAUUCCACGAUUUCGUCUGUCCGUGUAGUGGCGAGGAAACGCGAACAGUGACGAGCACACACGAACUCAGGCGGAAAGAAGAAAAGGGGGUAUGCUGGAUUGAGCGCGAGGGUGAACUUCAGAAAGAAAGAGAAGGAAGCAGCGAGGGAAGGAAGAGAGUGACAGAGUGAGAGGACGGAGUGAGGUUAGGGAGACGAAAGAGGGAGAGUCAGAGGAGGUAUUGGUGCGCGUGUCUUUUAGCGACAACGCGUACGAGCUGAACGCGUACAGCAUCCGAAAGAGCUGACAGAUUACGGGGAAGGUUUGUUCGAGCUGAAAAAACAUAGCCGUGUAAAUUUCGGCUGUGGUGCCUCCCUCGGUUAAAAAUAUUCACGCACAGCAGUGCAGGAUGACGACGUUGCGGAUUUAGAAGAAACUAACGUAACUUUCUCGCAAGCUGGACGCCGGGAUCGAUCGUAAUACAGUCUUCUUAACAGCCGGGUGACACUGGCCCGAAGACAUGGAUUACCGGUCGUCUAUUGGCACCAGGUGCGAAGAUGAUUCCCUGGAGAACGAGAAAGGAAUUGGUGUUGCGAACGAGCAUAAAGGGGCGUCGAAGCGUGGCGGGACGCAUACGCGUGGCACGGCCAUGUCGUUCGGGUUUCGGCGAAGGCCGGCCUCCGGGAUACCGAUGCCGAUAAACAACUACACGGGCGACUCGAGCGGGAUGUUCCACCAACGAUCGAAGUCGGCCGGGCCUGAGCAGAGUCGAAGGCGCGACGAGGACAACAGCGGGCACGCGACGAUCCACAAUUCGUCGAGCUCCGGCCGAUCCACGCCCCGGCUCGCGCCCCCCAAGAAGGAGUCGAGCGGGAUCGCCGUGAGGACGAACCGAUUCGGGUACAGGCAGCCGCAAGCGAAGUUGACGAACAAGGUGAGCGACAUAUGCAGCAGCCACACGGUGAGCCACUACAAUCAGGAGAAGCAGGAGGGCGGUUUCGUGAAGCAGCCGCACAGGGUGGUGGUGGGUGGCGGGCAGGUGGUGCCGAGCCAACCGGCGUUCAAGGUGAAAUCGUCGCCCGUGCACAACACGGUCUCGUUCAGCAACGCCCAUAUGGACGGGAAUCGAAGGGUGUCGGGUAUACCGGAGCCCGUGGGCAGGUACACGCUCCACACGAGCCACCUGCCGUUACCCCAGUACGCCGUGAGGAUGGGCGACGCGAACUCGAAGGUGGCGAAAACCGCGGCGAAUCAGAGCAGGAAGGUGUCCGCCGCGUCGAAGAGCUCGACGAGCUCGAAGGAGGGGUCGAGCACCGAGGAUUCCGGGGUCGGGAGCCAGCAAGGGUGCGGCGAGAACGAGUUGAGGGGCAUGGUGGAUUACGGGGACGGAUCUUUGCUGAGGAGGCACGGUGCAGGCAGGCUGAGGAAUUUAAGGAUGGUCGUGAGCGGGAAGAGUUUCGAUGUGAGGGACGUGAGGGACGACGACAGCACGGUGACGGAAAUAUCCGUGAUACCUUUGCCGAAGACGUUCACCUCGGCGAGCACGGGAUUGGUGAGGGAAAGGGCGACGCAGUAUCAAAGGAUCGUGAACAAGGACAACAGGUACACCGAGUCGACCACGUCCAUGUCCACCACGUCCUCGGAGGGCUACGACGAGGGGCUGGGGGAGGAGAAGGUGUACAAGGACAGAUCGCAUUCCGAGAAAAUUCCUUCCAUCAAGUCGGACUUCAGCCCGCCGAGCUCCGACGACCCCGAGUACGGCCACGGGGAAGCGAUGGCCGACGAGUACUCGUUGAGCUCCAGCGACGAGUGCCAGCGCUCGAGCUCUGCCCAACAUUUGCAGCCAUCCUCGAAUCUAGCUAAAUCUGGAACGCUACCCAAAACCGCUUUGCGCUCUGUCCUCCUCACCAUAGAGGAUCCUGCGUUUGCCGCCGCCGCUGCGACACCGACCGCUCUCAUAGAUGACGAAACGUCGCCCGUCGACAGCCUUUUCGACAGCCUUACAGCCAGUAUUACCCAAUCCGAUACGAAAACACCGAAGAAGGAGAACGCGAUGGAACAAUCCGGGGCCGCGAUCGACGAUGACAGCCCUGGAACACCAACGAACGCUUCCAAUUCGCUGAGUCUGUCGGAAGGUAGAGAGUAUUUCGACGAUGAAAUAGCUGACCAACCGGGCCUUGUUUUCGACGACAACUCGAGGGCCGGCGCCGAGACUCAGUCUGCUAUGGCUAGCCAAGUCGUCACGGAGAAUAGUCACACUCUGGUCGAGUCCAGUCCUAAAACGGGCACGGGGCAUGGAAAAAACGCGACCAACAGCCCUCACCAUGGUAAACGAAUAAGCCGAGCCGGCAGUGUCGAUACUCUGUCCCCUUGUGAAUCUAUCGCUUCUGAUGACUUGAUAUUGGAUUAUGAGCACAGCGAUGCGAGCUCCUACGAGGAACAACGAGUGGAGACCGGCACAGCAUUGCAAGAUAUGGAUAAUGCUACCAUUCUCUCCGAAUUGGAAGCUCAAGGCGAAGAUGUGAUGAGGCAAUGGUCCUCUUUGUUGAGUCAAACCCUGCAACAAACUAAUAAUUCCAACACGAUUAACAACAACGUGAACGCUGGAUCAGCCAAUAAUAAUAAUCAACCAGCCAACGAUAUAGGAAACGAUUGCGAUAAAACAAAGAUAUGGCGAAAUAGAUCCGUGACUGAUUCACCACGUUCCAUAGAUAGCACGCGUAAUCGCCAAUUCUCUAGUCCCUUAAGGAUAUCGAGAAAUAUCCAAUCACCAAAUCUUGACUCUGGGGAUGAAGGAAGUCUUCGAGUUGAUCGUGAUACCUAUCAACACAUGUUUCAAGACAUUGUUUCUAUAAAAACAACGCUCCUGAAACUGAAACGAGUACUUCAACAGUCAGAAGAGAACGGUUUGACGAGGGUAGACACUCUCAACCCAUUCGACAACUCCAUGAAGAAUGGUCUCUUCUAUAAUGUGAAUGAAGGUGGCACCGCGGAUGUUAGUACCUCUCCUGGAAGUGGUGGUAGUAGUAUCGCGGAUGAAUUGGCCGAUUUACGUAGACAGGUUGUUUUCUUGCAAGGUCAAGUAGAAGAUAGAGAUCGAACUAUACAAGUACUGCAGUUCCAAAUAUCGAAACUCCAAGGACCUAAUGGCGAUGGCCAAACGUGUGCUUUAACUAAUCAUAAUAAUUUUUCAUCUCCAAAUACUUGUAAUGCUGCUACGCAAACAGAAAAGACACGACCAGUGUCGGCAGGACCAUCACUCCUGCAAACACUUCCACAGGAUGAUGUUAUGGGGCCUCUAGUUAGCUUCAGGAUCGGGAAGAUGGAAUGAAUCAUGGGAUCGACAUCAUCCUCCGUUGCUCGGAGAGCUUAAUGGUAACAGAAGCCCACGUAAGUCAACCGAUCGUAUACCACGUACAAUAAAAUCUCGUCAAGAGGAAACCUUGCAUCGUCAAAAUGGGCAUACAGAUAAAUUGCCGGUUGAUAAUCUUUCUUCGAACAAAAGAAUCAUCAAAUCGAAGGAUUCAAAAUCCACUGAAUCGAACGACAAGGAGCAACACGAGACAAAAAGGGAAGAGAAAUCGUGUAUUCCAACGCCUAGAAAACUUGCAACAUCGACUCUAAUACCACGGUCAGCGAGGGCUUUAACCUCGACAGGCCGACCGCACAAUACGUAAUUACUUUAUUUUGAGAAAUUUCAUUGAAUUUUUUGACUUUACUUUCGUUUCAUCGCGAAAAAAUUGCUCAGAUAAUUUGAUAAUCUUAUUCUUUAUGAAUUUUGUCAUGAAUAACUGAAUGAAAUUAUUCUUUCAUCCUUCAAUUCGUAGCAGAUAAGUUGCUACUAUGUGAUAAUGCUAUAUAUAAUUUAGAUAUAUAUAUAUAUAUAUUUUUAUUUCAAUUUUGAAAUACGAAAUUUCUAAAUAUUUCAAUGAUUACCAUUUUACACUAAGUAUAUAAUUUUUUUUUUAUUUUUCUUAAUUUUUCGAUGAACAGCGAAAGUGAAAACGUCUUCAAUAUUUGCUACGCAUAAAUUGCAAAAAUAAUGUACAAAUUAUACGUUGAAAAUUAAGGACAAGUCAUAAGUUCCUAUCAUUUAAAGUUAUGUUUCAUUUGGUUCUGUCACUUCAUAUGUAGAAAAUGCCACUAUGGUCAUUCUAACAUUUAAAUGAGAUCAUUAAAUUGUAGAAAUUAAUUUUUGUAACUAUCAAUUAUUAAGUUCUAUUUGACUUUGUUUAAAGAUAUACAUUCAUUAUAUGGAUGUAUAAUUUGAACUUUUAUUUAGAAAAUAUUUUGAGUAAUGUUUGUGAUAUUAUAAAAAAAUAUCCAUUUAUCUUGUUGUGUACAUUUUUAAAUCAAUUUUCAUAUGAACACUAUCAUAUUUAUUUGGCAAAUAUCAUAAAAAUUACAAUAUAUAUUCAUAUUCUUAAUAUUCAAUUGUUUGUAAAGAUUUUUUUCAUUAAUUUGAUAUCUUGAAAAUUUAUAUUUAAAAUAUUUUCAAUACAGCAAAUACAAAACAUAUAAUCUAUGUCUUGUAAAACUAUAAUUACACUAAAUUUGUAUUACAUAUUGUGUAUGCUAUAGUAUAAUAUGCUAUGUGUGAUACAUUCUAUGUACUUCAUUACAUAUAGUGUAUACUAUAGUAUAAUACUAUUGCUAUCGCAGUGUAUGUAAUUGCAUUAUGGUGUAAUAUGUGCAAUAUUUUUAAAAUAUACAUUAUAUUCUUUUACAACUAUUGUACUUAGAGUAGAAACACAAGAUAAAGGAUCGAUUAUUAUAAACAUUUAUGUUCUACACAAAUAAAAACUUAGGAGAAUAUUAAAAUUGAUUUCUCCAUAUAUUUUUAAAUAUAACAAACAUUAUUCUUGAUUUAAAAAUUUUUAAUGAACGAAUUUAAUUCUCUGUAUUAUUUUUUAUUCGAUGUACAAAUAUUUGAUAUGAAAUAAUACUUUUUAAUUGACCUUGAUUUCAACAGUAAAUCAUUACUAUUAAAAUCAGGAAAAUUUUGUAAAUUUUUUUUUUACAAUUUAUGUUAUUUAUAAUUUAUUUCAUGGCUGAUUUGUAAGAUUAUAUUUGGUGCUAUUAUCACAAUUUUUCUUUAGUUUAUCAUAUUUAGAAUCUCCUGCAACAUUGAAUAGGAAAAUCAGAUGAUUAAAAAAAUCACUCUUUUAUUUGGUUAUUUUUAAAAAAAAAUUAUAAAAUACAGCUACAUAAAUAAAUUAAACAAGACAAUAAAUAUAUAGCUGUAAAUGAUUGGUACAUAAAAGUUUCAUAUAUUUUGUGUCAUAUUAAUUAGUAGUAUUGUAAUAAUAUAAUUUAUUAUUUUAUAUGAAACGGAGAAUAUUGUUUAAUUGAUAUCAGGGGAUACUAAAUAUUUCAAAUACAUUGUAUAUUUUUUUUAUUCAUACUUUAAUUUGUAAAAUGGUAUAAUAAUAAAAAAAUAAUUAAGAGCAUAAAACAAUUUUUUAUAUGCAAACAAUAUUGAAUUUAAUAUAUCUCACCUUUAUAAUGAAAACAAGCAAAUAUGUAUAAAAAUAUAUUCCAACAAAAAAAUAUUAAAAAAAAUAUUUUUAAAGGAAUAGACUGAUUAUAAAAUAAUACUACUUUUGAAACAAUUAAAUCUGAUUUUUGAUUGUCUUCAUUUUAAAAGGUGAAAAUUGAUAUUUUUUAAUAAUAAAAAAAAAACAUUUUUUUAUCACUCACCUUUUUAGUUUAAUAUUAUCAUAAUUAUAUUCAAUUUAUAAUUAUUCAAUAUGAUACUUCUUUUAUUUUACAUUACAUUAUUGCAUACAAUAUUUUCAAUCAUGCAUUUUACAUUUGGAAAUAUUCUUAAAAAAUCUAUAAAAUGUGAUACAUUUAAAAAAGAAAUAAAUUAUUAAUUAUUAAUUUAAACUGAUAACAAUGUAAUAAACAAACAAAUAUUAUAUUUGCAAAAUUUUUCAAUAGGAAAUACCUUUGUGCAUUAAACUAAAUAAAUAUUUAAUAACUUAAAAUAUAUUUUCAAGUUACUAGAAUAAAAAAAUUAGUUAAAUAAUGUUAUUAUCAAUUAAUCUAUAAAAAAUAAUAAAUUUGUUCAUAAAUGAAAUUUGCUUUUUAGUAAUUAGUUUGCAAUAUUAAAUCAAUUUUAAUUUUUUUUUAAUCUAAUAUAAUUGCAAUUUUAAAAUUUAUAAAAUUAAAUUUUUGUAUAUGUGAUAAAUUGAAUAUAAUUAGAUUACAUAUUAUUUCAUAAUAUAAAUUUCUUUAAACAGUAAUAAAAUAAGUCAUAAAUGCUGCUGUUCCUUAAAUGCGGUAGUAUUGUACUUAGAAGUGUAAAAUUUAGCUAUAAAUAUCUUUGAAUGUUUAAUAUUAAACAUAUGGUAAGCACAAAUGUAAGUAGUAUUUUAAUCUUAUUUAAUAUUUACAAAUAUACUUACAUAAAUAAAAGCUUUCACUUGUAAUUAAAUAGAAAUACCAAUAAUUUAUGAUCUGUAAUAGAUAAAUCUCAUUUUAAUUUGUACAUUAUAUGUAUAAAUGUAUUUUCAUUGUGAUUUUAAACAUAAUAAGAUAAUAAAUGAAAUUAUGUUUAA